AUGCUGUACACUGAUAUCUUAAUACUUAUAUCAUCACUUGAACCAACUAAAACCUUGAGUUCAUCUUUAUUUUGUUUAGAUAGAAAAGCAAGCAAUAUGGACUCGGAUUACGACCGCAAGUUCGAGGAGAUGAAGAAGUACAUCCCAUUUUUGGAAAGCAUGAUUAAAAGACUGGAGAGCACCGGCACAACAUCAGCAAAUCCAAGACAGGCACAGCUUGCUAAAAUUAGAUCUUUAAGGGAUUUGUUAUUGGAUAAGAAAAAAAGAAUGAAAAUGGAGAAUUUGUUGAAAUGUGAACAAGUAUUGGUGAAUUUGUAUGCAAAAGUCGAACAGAGAGAUUCGUUCACGGAUACAAAGAGUGAUAUGAAUAAAAGUGUUAACACACAAAAUGUCGAAUUGGAUUUUGUGCGAAAUAAACUUAAAACGGUGACAUCAAAAUUGCAAGAUCCAGAAACAUUGCCUGAGAUAGCAAGAGCUAGUCAGACAGAAGAAACCUGUACAGCUGGCAGUAAGGAACCAGCGUUGUUUCAAAGAAGACCAAACAAAAAUUCUAUAUCGCCAACUCGAGGUUCUUAUGGUAGUAGAGAUAUUUUAUCACCAUCAGGUAGAAGAAGUUACACUCGCGUUCUUGUGUCUCCAGAACGUGAUACGAAACAAUGGCCGCUAGAGAAGUCUUCAGAUAAACCACUUUUUUGUAGAAGGUCACCUCGCAGAACACCUAGAAAAUCCCCAAGAAAAUCUCCAAGAAAGUCACCGCGUAAAGGUUCUCCUACAUCCCGUCAUAAAAAAGAAAGAAAAAAGUCUUACAAUCAAUCUCGGACAUCAAACAAACUACAAGACUUAAAUAUAACUCUUAAAGUGCCAGAAGAAAGCUUGAAUUCUCUAAAUACUAAAGAUAUAUUGUCAAGGAUAAUUAAUUGCAGUGACGGUGACGUAGAUAUAGAUACAUUACGAGAAUUAAGAACUCAAAUUCUUUCCGAAUUAAAACAAACUGGUGCAAAAGAUGACAUAUCCGACUUAAUACUUAAAUCUUAUAAAAAUAAAAAAGAAGUAGGUAAGAAAAAGGAUGAAGUUGAAGAAGGGGAACUAUCAGAUAGCGAAAGUGAAGUUAUUGAGAGCAUAUAUGGCAGCUUAGUGAUAAUGGAUAAAGAUCAAGGUAAUACAAGCUGUGAAAAAAAAUCAAGUGACAAAGACCAACCACGCAAAAUUCAAAUCUGUCUUGUUAUUAAUUCAGAAAAAGAGAACCUAAAUGACAGCGACCGCGCGAAGGAUAUAUCGGAUCAAAAUGCGGUUAUAGAUGAAUCUGAUUUUGAAUCUUAUAAAGAAACUGGCAAGGUGGCACAAAAGCUCGACUACCAAACGCUACAAGUUGAAAAUGAUAUAAAUCAGGAUCAGAAGUCGAAUAAACUAGAAACCUCUUCAACUAUCUUAGUUGCUAAAGACAAUGAAAAAGUUAUAAAGAAUACUCAUAAUUCUCAAAACAUAAUACAAAAAUCCAGUGAUGAAUGUGAAGAGAAAAAACAAGGAUUUAAUAUUAUAUCAGAAUCACCUGAUGAUUUCACACCAAAAUUUUACCAGUCUCAAGCGAUAAUAAAUCAAGAUUGCUUAAAGAGCACACCUAGUUUAAACUUGAAUAUCUCUUCUCCAAUUUAUACGGAUACGCAAAUAAAUCAUAAUUCUGAACAAAAAUUAAACGAGUUAACGAAAGAAAAAGAUUCAGUGGAAAUACCUUUAUUAGAUCUAGAAUCAACUGCAAAACAAGAAGUUGUUCAUGAAAUAGAUAUAUUACAGGCAUUAAAAAAUGAAAUAUUAAGUGAGAAAAUAUCUAUAGACGAUUCUGAAACCGUGACACCCCCAUUACAUCAACCAAAAGUUACAAAAGUGGCUAAUAUAGAAGGAAUAGCAUCGAAGAAAAGGAUUUCCGUUGAGAAGUAUAAACAAAAGUCUAUAUCAGCGUCCAAAUCAUCAACUUUAAUAAACGAUGCUAAUAGUAAUGCCUAUAGAGAUGAACUCUCAAAGAAACAAAGCAUAAAAUUAACUGAAAAGGAAUUUGAACGAUUUAAUUUAUCUAGUAAGUUAGCACUAGGAGAAAGCUCUGAGGAUGAAGAAUUUGGGAAAAGAAGUCCAACUAAUGUCGAUAUAUAUGGCGACUUAGCGCCAAAGUCACCAGAUCAUGAAGACUUUGCUGAUACAGGGAUCAAACCACCAGUAAUAAUUCCAGCAGACCCUGUCAAAACAACAGUAGUGACUAAAGCUGACGUGGAUAUGAGAACAUUGACAAUGCAGGCAGCAUUGUCAUCACAAGUAGCACACAAAACAGAAGCAUAUAUUCUAUCGCCAACUGGGAAUUUUGACAAAGCAUUUGAUAUUUGUAAAAAUGAAGUGGAAUCAGGUGUUUUGUCGAAUGAUAAAAGACUGCCUUUAGCAGAUCCACGAGUAAGAAGAGAAUUUAAUUUAUCAAAUACAGAUAGUCCUAUAUUAGGAAAUAUAGAACGGACUUUGCGAUCUCAUAUUAACUUUACUUCUAAUAUGACACCAAGUAGAAUUUCAAAUAUAGUAUCGAAUAUGACUCCUAAUAGAAUGCCCAACAUAGGUCAAAGUCCUAACAUAAUUACAAAUAAUUCAUCUAAUUUGACGUCGAAUACCAAUAUUUAUGAAAUGACACCAUCUAGGCAACCAUUAUUAGAAAGCGACGAUUAUUUAAAACGAAAUCAUGUUUACGCUCCAAUAUGUUCAGUUAUAGAAAAACAUGAUCAUAAUGACGCUGUUAGUAACGAUUUUCGAAAUCCAUUGUACAGCGAAGCCAAUUCUAUUAUGUUUAAUCGUUUAGAGUGUCCACAAACACCUAUGAAUUCAUUUGGAACCUCAGAUUGUCCAUCAACUCCUACCCAUACUUUUGGACUAUUAGAAACACCAAUGACUCCAAUUCAUACAUUUGGUAGAUCUGACAUGCCUAUGACUCCCGUGCCCUCUUUUGGUAGAGCUGAUUGUCCGCCUACACCUAUUCAUCCAUUUGGUAGAACAGAAGUAAUAAUGACGCCAAGCCAUCCAUUUGGAGUAACGGACUUUUCUCAAAAUCAAAUGCCAUCGCAAAUGUCAUCGAUUAGAUACAAUAAGGUCCAGGAUCCAAGAAUUAAUAGAAGUUCCGAAUACGAUAAUUUGUCAAAAUACAACGAUAUGAAAGAUUGUGGUAAAUAUCAAGAACGUAAUUUUAAUAACAGAAAUUAUAAAUAUGACGCACCAAAACGAGCCUAUGCAGAUUCAUAUCGAAACUACGGCAGGGAACAAAGUGUUGGUCGUAAUGAUAAAAAUCUAACAUAUGAGCAAAUUGAGAAUCGUCACGGUGAAAGACCUCGUCGUGAAAACAGUAGUGGACUUUUAAAUAGAAGUUAUGAAGUUGAUCGGAAUUAUUCUCAUGACCGCGGUAAAGCUUAUAGAGAUAGAGAUCACCGUAGUGAUAAUGACGGAGGUAAAAUUUAUUACGAUCGUGAUUCGCGUUGGAAUUAUAGAAGAGAACAUAGCGUUGGCCGGGCUGUGCCAGAGAAUAGACAUAUAGGUAAACAUUAUGAAAGAGAAGUCCGACCCGAAAACUCAUUAUGUGUUCAAUCACAUGCAGGUCGUUCGUUCACUAUUGACACGAGCGUUAGCAGAAGUUUUCAGGAAAGUAUUGAAAACCUAAAGAAAGAUUCAAUAUCUGAUUCUAACUUUGAUGUAAGAAGAAGACGUGCAUCUAGCGUUGGAAGAUCUUUGAUUCGCGAACCUAGUAUUGGAAAGGAGUUACCAAGUUUAGGUAAUAGCUGUUUUUCGGUUAUCAAAAGUAACAGCAACUUCAGACGGGCAAGUAGUGUAGGAAGAGAUAUGGUAAAAAAUCACGAUAAUAAGAAUUUUAAGGAUGUCAAAAAAGACUUGCAAUCAUAUAAAUACAAAAGUGAUGUGAAAUAUAACGAUAGUAAAAAUGUUUCUUCGGAGCAUAGUAUCUUCCCAGAAGGUAAGAAAAAAAUUAACGAUCGGGAUCCCCGAUUGUCCAGGAGGAGUUAUCAAGAUUUGAAUUAUAAAAAUAGUGGUGGUCAGUCAUUAAAUACUUAUUCGCAAAAGAAAAAUUAUCGAGACCCGAGACAAAGACACGAAUUCCAUAAGGAAAUUCCAAAAAAGUUUCAUUCAUCCCAAGAUCAAGCGCGCGGAAAGUCAUACGAAUUUAAAAAACACGGAAUUGUUUAUUCUAGUGAUAAUAUAGCUAAGGGUACAAUUUUAGGGUCUGGUUACGGAGUAAAAAAUUACAAAAUUCCUAAGAUAAAAAGAGCUUCAGAAGAAACAGAGAGUAAAGAAUUAAUUGAUAAAUUCAAACCUUCUGGUUCAGUUACAAAUAAUUCUUGCAAAAAGGCGGAAGACGUAAGUAAGGAUUUAAGUACCAUAGAAAAAAUACAAGAUAAAGAUAAAACAAAACAAAAAAACCGAUCGACUAGAUGGGAGAGUCCGGAUAAAUUGAAUAGUUUUAAACAAGAAAAUGAAAAACUAUCAACUAAUCAUUGUGAUAGUGUUGAUAAGCGUGUUACAAGAUCCGCAAAGAAGAAUACUAUUAGUGAAAUAAAUGACUUUAAUUGUGAGAGUCCAAUAAAGCGAGGUAGCAGAACAUCAAAGACUGUUGUUUAUGACUCAGAUACAGAUAAUGUUGAAAAUGAUACGGAUAAAGAUUUGCAGAAUGAAAAAUCUCAAGAUUCUAAGGAAAAAGGGAAAAUAGAUACGAAAAAUAAUCAUGUCGAUGAUUAUAUAAAUAGUGUUAAAUUAAAUAAUGGAAAGAAAUCUUGCGAUUCAUAUACAGAGCCAGAAGCCCUGAACAGUGAAAAAAAUAAUAUUCCUCAGACGACAAAGGGUUUUAUGGGAGAUGGACACAAAGAACUCAAAAGUUGUGAACCGAACGAUAUUUCAGUUUCACUUAAAGAUAAUUUCCCUAUCCCUGUUACAGAUGAUACCAAUAACUGUUUUGGUAUGGAACUCGAAAUGUUUUCUGAUAGCGUUGCAGCUGAUCCUGUUAUAGAUAACAUAAAUGCUCUUAUAGCAGAUCUAGAUGACGAUUUAGAGACUUCUAAAAAUGAUGGUUAUAAAAACCAAUUUACUAAAGAAAUUACUCUCGAAAACAUGUUAGACAACAUUACUUGUAUGGACAACAAAAAACCUGUUUGCUUAGGUAUAAAUGAACAAGAAGAAAUUAAGGGUAUAGAAGAAAUUAAAUUAAAUGACUCUCUCUCUGACUCUAAUAAGAAUGUUAGUGACCUAUUGCAGAAUGAUGAAAAUAUCAAACACAAAAAUCAUGUUGACGUAAUCAGUGAAAAUAACGGUGAGGUUUCUACAACAGAAAAUGAAAACCCAUUAGUUCGAGCAGAUAUUCUCUCUCCAUCUAAAGAAACUAUUAGCCAAUUAGAAUCUUGUUCUACACCUGAUAGUACUAUAGACGUAAAUGAGAAUACCCAAGAUAAAGUAGGUGAGGAAAGGGUGCCUGAUAGUACUAAUGAAUUGGUUUGUGAAAUAAGCUCUGAUAUUACGUCUACCCAUGAUUCACAUGAAGUAUGUGAAAAAGCACAAACUGAAACUAGUGUAUCACGUACGGAGUUAUUACAUCAAACUGAUAAUAUUGGAAGUUUGCUAUCUAUUUUAAAAGAUAAAUCAAAAAUAAAAGAACUACUUACAAUGUUAAAAGAUCAAUCUAGUGAAAAUGAAAAACUGAAGAAGAAGUUAGAAAAGCUAAGUGAAAUAGUCUCCGAUGAUGAUGAUUCACCACAAGAUGAAUCGAAUUCGGUGCAUAAUGAAAAAAUAAAUAUUUCGGCUUCUAAUAAUAAUAAAGAAAUAGAAUCCGCUGGGAAUGGUGGUGUACAUGCUGAUACAACAGUAGAUAAUGUUUCUUAUGAAAAGAACGAGCAGAGUAUGCGAUACAAAAAUAAUGUAGAGGAAAUUUUAGAUGUUCAAUUUAAAGACCAUGAGCAAAAUGCUACAAGUGUAGAGAACUCCGAAGGGAAAGAGCCUUUCGAAGACACAAAGCAAAAUACUAAAAAUGAUGAUGGUACAGUAGAAGCGGUAUCGUCUAAAAAAUCCACAAAGAUUAAGAAAUCUAUUAAAAAGGCAAAGGGUAAAGUAAAAAAUAUUACAUCGGGUGACAAAAAAAGGCUUACACGUUCUGAGUCAGCUAAUUUAAAAAUGAAUAAACCAGCUAAUAUAAAGAAGGGAAUUCCUUCCAGGGAAUUGAAACAACUUCAGGAUGAUAUCAAAGAGAUGUUCUUGCACGAUGAUGUCUUUAAUGCUGGUAUAAGAAUGUGCCGUUUGGCUAAAUUAGUUGAAGAUAAGCCCAUAGACAAAGGUGAAACACAGAAUAAUGAAAAUAGUCCUGUUGUUAUUCUUGAAAAAAUUAAAGAAUGUUCGGAAGAGACAACCAUAAAAGGCAAAACUACAAAGAAAAAAGCAAAUACCAAAUCAAAAAUGUUACAGAAAGAAGUAUUUGAUAGCGAAAGUAAGACAGAAAGUAGUAACGAAAAUAUAAAUUCAGAACUUAAACUGCCUAUUAAAUAUAGACCUGGGCCUAAAUCGAAAACAAGACUGCUAGACAAGCAAGCGGAAGUAGACCCUUAUAUUUUUGAAUCUGACUCAGUGAGUGAAUCAAAUGCUACAAAUAUUAGUGAAACUAAACCUCAAACUAGCUCCGACUCAGAAUGCGAAUCUCUUGAAUCAUCUAAAAGUUUUGGAAGUACAGAACUUUUAGUAGAAUUAAAGAAAAAACCAAAACGAAAACGUCGAGGAUGGCAAGCAGGUGUAAUUAAACCUAAACAUAAGAAAAAGAAAACUGACCUUUGUCACUCUCAAUCUGAUACAAACAUGCAAGUUAUGCCACAAAUUCCUGAUUUAAAUUGUUUUACUAAUAAAACGUACUGUUUCUAUAAAAAUGUAAGUGUCUAUUCGUGCCGUCUUUGCCUUUAUAAUGGCAAUGAUAUAGUUCAUCAUUACAAGAAGCAACAUCCGCACUCAGAGAUUCCCUUGUCCCGAAUGAGCCCAGAAGUUGCUAAAGAGGCCAUAGAACAGUGUGAAGAAAUAAAUUUUCACGCUAUUAGUAAAGUAACUACCGAUAAAUACGUCUGUCGAUUCUGUUUUAAAGAAUUUAAAAACACCAUAAAGAAAAAAACCGUAUUGGAAGAAUUUUUUUGGCACGUUGUCAGUAUGCAUACGGGUGAAUACAAGCAACUAUGUUCGGAAUGUAUUAAUGUCUCUAGAUGUCCAUUCAAUUUGGACAUUCCACCACCUCCCAAAGAGCAAAAGGGUCAACUUAUAGGUUAUAUUUGUGGAAAAUGCAAUUUUACACAAAUAUCCCUUGAAAAUUUAAAGACUCACGUCAUUAACCGUCAUAAUGAUGAGCAAACUGAAGUUUAUACAAUUAAUUUAGCAGUCAUGUCAAAGAAAACUUUGUUGGCUUUCAGUAAGUCUACACCAGAACAGCCUAGGACGCUAAGGAGCAGUCGUUUAAAUCAGAGUACUGUGGAAACAAAUGACGAACAUAGUGAUUUUAAUGAGAGCAGUGAUAAUGCAACUGAACCAAAUAAAGUAACAACAAUUCCAUUGAAAGAGGAAACUCUAAUCGAAUUGCAGAAAAACAAACGUAAUAAAAUUCAAUCACAAAUUACCUUUGAGAAUGAUGACGCUACCAACGAGUUAUGUGAAUUAAACAAGAAUAAAAGUGUAAAAGUUGAACAGGAACACGUAAUUAAUGCUCAAGAUUCGUCACCAUAUAACGAGCCGGUUGAUGAUGCACCCAUUGCAGAUAUGGUAGCUGAAUCUCAUGAGACCAUCAAGAAUGUAGAGUAUAAUCAGCCACCUACAUCUGAUGAUAUAUUGGAUUACCCACAUUUCAAAAUCAACUUUACAGAAGCUGGUACCAAGGAAUAUGUGUGUUGUAUAAAUGGAGUAGAAAGUCACUAUCGGACAGCACUAUUAAUAUCAUUUAAGAAACAUGUUCAGAUAAAACAUACAGAAACAUGGGAUGGCUUUUGCUUUCUGUGUAAACUGAUAGUCACUCCUCAAGGAAAUCACAAUUUCAAAGACUGUUUGCAGCAUUUUCUUGACAAACAUUUUGAUAAUUUUCCGACUAUGGAAAAAGUGGACGAUAAAAAGAAUAAUAUGGAAACGUCUGAAGUGAAACCAAAAAAGAAUUAUUUGAAUGUUAGACCGUUAUCAGAGCUUUUAUCUCAAUCAGAAAUUCAACCAGAACAACCUAAACUGCCCAUUAUAGAGAGUGUUGUUAGUUUAGGAGGCUCGACAGAUGAAGCAUCUUCGGGAAUUAAUGUCGAUACAGCCGAAAUAAGAAGUAACGAACAAGAAUUUAAAUAUGAAGAAGCGCAAGCGGAAAUAAUUGCAAAGAAAUAUAAAGUUGUGUUAGAUGUUAUGAUGAACCGAGAGAAAUUAGUUCAUAUAUUUAAGUGCGCUGGUCGAUUUUGUAGUUAUUCGACUGACAAUGCUGAAGAUGCUCUCCGUCACGCGGUAACUCAUGAACGCGUAGGUGGAGAAAAUUCAUUGAGUUGUACUUAUUGUGAUUUCGAUUCUUCAAAGAACGCCGUUGAUUUAGUCACGCAUGUUUUUAAAACGCACGGUUGUUGCCAAUAUGUGUGUGGUCAUUGCUUCUAUCGAAGUGUAGCGAGUCAACUUGUUCGUGCGCAUGCGUCAAGAAUACACGGAAAGGCGCCUGGACAGAGCGUUAUUCUUAGGACUACAGUCACAGCACGCUCUGAUACGGAAUAUAAGAUUUUGCCUCGAGAAAUUGCUGUUCCCUUCUUCGCUUGCAACCAAAAUGUAAUGGAUGCCAAAUGCAAGUUUAAAACCUACACGUCGGGUAAAUUUUAUGAACAUUUGCAAAUAAGACAUCAGUUGGAUACAUCAUUUUUGUGUUUCAUGUGCUCAGAGGUAUUUACAAAAACUGUCGAUUUGCUUCAACAUUUUAAAAUUCAUGGAUUUAAACUCUAUCAAUGCACAUGGUGUGUACACGGUGCUGAAAAUGAAACUGAGUUACUGGCGCAUGCCUCAGAAAAACAUCCAAAUAAGCAACCUCAAGCUUAUCUAAGAGUAAUUACUAACAAGGAAGGAACUCCUGGAUUUAGGGUGCUUCCUUUGGCUCAUCUUAAUACUUCAAACAUUACUACAAUUGAUGUGAAACCAAAUAAUGUUAGAAAUAAUCCUGAAAGGGAAGCAGAGAGGUCAAUAGACUUAGAAAAACUUAUUGGCCAAACAACACAAAUGAUUGAAUCCAUGGUAACGUCUUCCCAAAAUGAAAGUACCGAAAACUGUACAUUUGAUGAACAAGAAACAAUUAACAUGCCUUUAUUUGAACCUGUAUCCCUAACUCAAGCCCAAAGUCAAGAGUCACUGGUUUUGGCCUUACAGUCGUCAUUGUUUGAUAAAACUCCAGAAACUUCGGUAUCAAGUGAUGUAGGCCCAGCGCCAAUUUCGGCUGAUCUUUCUCGUCCAGAGACCCCUAAUUUAGCAAGCCAACCAAUUAAUAGUGAUGUUCAUAACCAACUAACACCUGUACUUAAGGGAGAACCAGAACCUAACACGCCUUAG